AUGCUCCCGCAAGUGGACAUGAAAUAUAUUCCAGGAUCAAAAAACGGAGCGGCAGAUGCAUUAUCUCGUUCAUCAAAUUUCUUUCCUGAUGUUAAUGGCUCCAUAGAAGACGACGAACGGCAUGAACCUCUCAUUAAACCUUCGCGUACUCUUCGUCAAACCACAAUCGACUACCCUACCAAAUCUUCACUUCUUCAGGCCGUCACCACUCGAUCUAUGGCUCAACAGACACCUCCAAACCCGAUGUCGACACCGUCCCCGACAACUCUCCCUUCGAUGGCACCACCAUUGUCAUCUCAAAUUCUCGAUUUUAGUCAUGAUAAACUUCGCGCGGAACAACAACAUGAUGCGAUAAUCGUGGACAAAAUUCGACUCUCUCAACAAAAAGUUAAUCCAUCUUAUCUUAUUUCCGAUGGAAUCCUGAAUAAAAUUGUUCUAACUAAACACGGACCUACACCUCUACCAUAUCUACCUAGCAGCCUCAUACCAGACAUCCUGUUCGCUCACCACGAUCAUCCACUCGGAAGUCAUUUUGGCAUCGAUCGAACUUAUCAUCAUCUCCGCGAGAAAUAUUAUUGGCCCAAAAUGCUCGAAUCCGUAACCAACUAUAUUCAAUCGUGCCCACAAUGUGCACAAUUCAACAUUCGGCGUCAAAAACCACCCGGUCAUUUACAGCCUAUUCCACCACCCAAUGAAGUAUUUCAAGUGAUUGGCCUGGAUUGGUGGGGCCCAGCACCUGAAGAGUCUGCCGAUGGCAACAAAUAUGUGUUAGUUAUCACAGAUUUUUUAUCUAAAUAUGUUAUUGCCGCUGCUUUACCGGCAAGUAAUGCUGCUAACACCGCCAAAACUCUACUGGAAGACUUCAUCUUGCAUCAAGGUGCUCCCGAUUGUGUCAUCACAGAUCAAAGAACUCAUUUCGCAAAUGAACUCAUCACUGCUUUCACCCAAAUGCUUGGAACAAAGCAUAUCUUCUCCACUUCAUUUCAUCCACAAACAAAUGGACAAGUAGAAAGAUUUAAUGCUACAUUUUGUCAACAACUAUCAAAAUAUUGUUCAUCAAAUCACGAAAACUGGGACCAUUAUUUGAAAUAUAUAAUUUAUGCGUACAAUAAUACCAAACAUGCCACCACCAACUAUACACCUUAA